UCUGAGUAAACUCUCGCGAGACUUCGAGAUAACACCUUAACUAUUCGAGAUCAACUUCCUAAUCUUAACGAUCUCGCGAGAGUUCCUCUGGUUUGGGGGCUCCCUUCUAGCCACUAGAAGACGCCACAUAUCACAUAGCAUCGUUGUUCGUAGCUAGGAGGCUGUUUUUGAAGAAUUUACGAAAAACAGAGUCUUUAAACUUUAAUAUCGGAGUCGCUGAAAAACAGAAGCAAACGCCGGCAAAUGGUUCACAAGAUGCCAGGUCAACAUGGCAGCUUGAAGCCCAGAAAGAGGAAGAGCAGCUCCAGAAAGGCUACAAGGAGGAGAUGUACGAAAAGUCCAAAGACACAGCCAGCAGCAGAGAGCAGUUCAGUAGUCAGUGGUUACAGUAAAACAGACGGUCCUGAGGAGAGACUCUCGCGCAUCAGCUGUGAAUGCCACCAGUCUGCAGGCAGGAGGAGAUGCUCGGCAUCACCAGAGCUCGAAGGACAGGAGGGCAAAGAAAACGAACUGAGGACGAGGCUGGACUUGGACAGCUGUAGAGGGAACGGCGUCAGGGACAAACAGGAGUCCGAGGACAUGGAUUGUGAAGAAACCAGCAAAAACAUCUUCCCAGAUGACGACAGUAAUCAGAUUCUGCCUGUCGAGCAGUUCUUUGGAAACUUGGAUGCUGUACAGGACUUCCCUCAGAGAUCGUCAGCGACUUCUACCCGCGUUCACAGGGAGCACAGGAGACGUUACUACGCACCGGAGGACAGCGAUGAAGACGAGGCGGGCCUCAGCAGUAUGCAGCCAGACGACAGAGGGGACACUUAGUGAAGAGUAACUGCACUGAUGACUGUGGUGGACUCAAAGUCACGCCUACAGAAGGACAUAAAACGCUCAGCACUUAUGAAAAAGCAGCCAAGUUGAACUACUGCUCAGAUGCUGCAUUCAGCCCUUAAAUCAUAACGCUGUCACACAUAACAGCAUGUGUGACGAUGAAGUUGCCCGCUGCGAUGUGAGUAUGGGAGGCAUGGACUGUUGCUGGAUCUGCUGUUAGCCUACCAUCACCUACAAGCCAUCGUUGUAUGUGUAUUUGCUUUAAACCUGCUUCCAGUACCCCGCCAUGUGCUGAAGAGAUUCGUCACAACUCAAAAACUAGUUUACCACUGCUAUUUCUGACUUUGUUAAUAGUUUGAAAGCAAGCUUUUGGUGGUAAACUUAGAAAGUUAUAGUUGUUGACUUGACAAGGACCGUCCAAACGCACAAAAAUGCCAAAUUGUUGUCAACCCGUGACACUUAUCCUGGUAGCGGAGUAUCUUGUUAAAUUUGAUAUUUUUUUUAAUAUAGCUAGAGAGUAUAAGGAUUAAUAUAGCCACCUGUGGAGAACAUAUUGUGCCUGUAAUAAUUAUUUAUUGCUGAAUUAAUGCUCUUACUUGGAGGGUGUGUUGGCACAGCACUUUAUUUAGACAAAUAUGUCUACAUAACAUACUGCUUCUUAAUUUGAAUUUGCAGUUUGAGAUUAGCCUUGAGAGAUGCCAAACAGAACUGAAUUAAACUCAAAAUUUAUGGAUUUGUGAGAAAAAUAAAUCUCACAAAUCUAGAGAUUACAAAUUGUAUAAAUGUGGUGCGGAAGGAGGGUACACGUGUCAAAGAGCUGUUCCAUAAUGAGAGAUAUUUAAUAUCACAAAUCCAGUGUAUAAAAUGAUUGUCAUUGUUCACCAAGUGUCAUACACACAUCUGUGUGCCCACUUUGGGUUCGUUUUGGCAGCUGCUUAACAUACUAUACAACACAUCUGUAACAUAACAUAUAUAUAUACAUAUAUAUCAAUGCAGCUAAUCAUUUUCCCUGAUGAGAUUCCUGCUAGAUUCACAUUAGCAAACAUGACAAUUCUAUAUGAAAAAUGUAUUAUUGAAAAAAAACAUGACUAAAAAUGUUGAGGUUUGUGAAAUAAGUCUUCAGCGUGGAAGUCAACUGAGGAUAACUUAAACUAAAUGUAAUCUAGUCAUCAAACUUUGAUGAUAAAGUGAUAGUUUGGGUGUUUUGAAGUGAGGUUGGAUGAGGCACUUAUCCAUAGUCAGUGUAUUACGUACAGUAGAUGAUGGUCAAAGCUGUUGUAUCCAUCUAUGCUCUUGCCAAAGCCACCAGACUCCAUUGAAAAAAACAUUAACUUUACCUCUUAGAACACGGUUGUUGCAGACAUUUUUUGUCACUUAGACUUUAAUAACUCGCAAGAGAACAUCCUGAAGUGUGAUUUGGUGGAUUACUACUACUAUUACUCCACUAUCGGAGCACAUUUCCGCCAAUAGUUUGUAAAACGUCCUAUCAAACUGAUAUUGAUUUAAUUAUUUUUAUAAGUACCUCAUGCAAUGCCACUUCAAAACACCCAGACUAUCCCUUUAACAGUAAUUGCACUAGUGCUAUUCACUCCUAUGCAACUUUCUGACUGAGUGAAUGCCGCAUUGUAAUCAUUUCAUGCCUUUUACAUCACCGUGCCAACGAAAAAAAUAUAUAAUAAAUGUUUUUCAUGAUUUUAA